AUGAGCAGCUCCGCUCAGGUUGACGCGUUCCUCAACGGGCAGGCGAGCAAGCAGCCCGAGCUCGCCGAGCUCUUCGCCGAGCUCAGGAGCUUCUACGAGCGCAAGCUGUGGCAUGAGCUCACGAUGAAGCUCGAGGAGGCUGUCGCGCUGCCGGCGUUCCAGCAGGGCGACCUCCUCAUCCAGCUCUACCACAACUUCCUGGUGGACUUUGAGCACCGGAUCUCCCCCCUCAAGCUCGGGCACCUCGCGGUCGCGGUGUCGUCGAGGUACACCGAUCGCGCGGCGGCGGUCGCUUUCAUGGAGCAGGUGGUGGAGAAGAUCGCGGAGCAGAGGCAGCACGGCCACGAGGAACCCGUCCUCUACCUUCGCAUGCACGUCGCCCUGUUGCACGUGCACGAGGGUCGAUCGGCGCAGGCGAGGGAGAUGGUGAGGGACGGAAAAGGGGCGCUCGACGCCAUGGCCUCCCCCGACCCGUCCGUCUCCGCGGCGUACUACUACGUGUGCUCGCAGUACCACAAGGCCAAGCAGGAGUUCGCCGAGUUUUACCGCCACGGCAUGCUCUACCUCGCCUUCGUCUCGUCCGAGUCCCUCCCGGAGGCGACGCGCCGAGAUCUCGCGGCCGAUCUCGCCCUCGCCGCGCUCCUCGGCGAAGAUCUCUACAACUUCGCCGAGCUCAUCGCGCAUCCCAUCGUCAAGACCCUGGAGAACACGGAGUUCGCCUGGCUCCUCGAGAUACUCGCCGCGUUUAACGACGGGGACCUGCACGCGUACGACGCGCUGUGCGAGAAGCACGCCGCCGCCCUCAACGCGCAGCCCGCCCUCGUGGCCAACGAGCGAAGGCUCCGCGAGAAGAUCACGAUCACGUGCCUGCUCCAGAUCGUGUUCAAGCUUCCGGCGGAUCACCGCGAGAUUGCGCUGGAGGACAUCGCGCUCAAGACCAAGCUGAGCGUGGACGGCGUGGAGUACCUGCUGAUGAAGGCGCUGAGCGUGAGGCUGAUCGAGGGCGUGGUCGACCAGGUGGCCGGCGUCGUGAACGUGACGUGGAUUCAGCCGAGGGUGCUGCUCAAGCCGCAGAUCUCGGAGCUGAGCGAGAGGCUGGAGGGGUGGAUCGAGAAGGUGAAGGACGUGGGAACGUCGUUACAGGAGGAGAUACCCGAGCUGGCCACCAUGGCGUGA